UCACUUCGAGAUGGCAGAUGUGGAAGAAACCCUGAAGCAACUGCAGAGCCAGAAGGGUGUGCAGGGGAUCAUCGUGGUGACCACGGAAGGCAUUCCCAUCAAAAGCACCAUGGACAACCCCACCACCGCACAGCACGCCAACCUCAUGCACAGCUUCAUCUUGAAGGCAAGGAGCACUGUGCGAGAAAUCGACCCCCAGAAUGACCUCACCUUCCUGCAAAUUCCUUCCAAGAAAAAUGAAAUUAUGGUUGCACCAGAUAAAGACUAUUUCCUGAUUGUGGUUCAGAAUCCAACCGAAUAAGCUACUCCGCUCCUUAUGUUAGUCCUUAACUUAAUCCCCCUGCCCCCAAGCGUUAAUCAUGCCAAUCCACUACAAAUGGAAUCAUA